GGGUAGGCUGUAAACCACAAAAACCAACAAGCAGCUCACAGAUCCAGACCUGACACAACCGUGUGGAAAAAGACUUUACGAAGCGCUUCUAAUUCUUUUAAACCAAACAAUGUUAUCAGCAUUUGCAGCGGCUUUUUCAAAAAUGGAGACUAAACCCAGCUCGGAUACAGCACCAGAGCUCAAGAGCUGUUUAAAGCACCCAUCGAAAGAUUCUGUGGCAAUCCCAAAGAAGGGAGUGCAAUUUAAUUCAAGGGUCAAAGUAUGUUUCUUUACUUGUAAGGAGAAGGAGUCUGUACCAGAAGGUGAGGGCUCUAAUCAGCUCCAGUACCCGACUACAACUGGGGGAAACCUCCUGCCAUCUGUCCGAUUUAUAAUAGAAGAGGAUGAAUAUGAUAAACAGCGCAAGGUGAAGAAGCCGCCUGGUCAGACUAAUAGAAGGAAGAGGACGCCCUGGGAGCAGACAUGGAGAAAACAGACUGAAAAUGACAUCAGGACACUUGAUUCUGAGCUCACAAAUCUGAAUUACACCCCGACAGAUUCAGUUACACAUUUAAGAGGACGUGACUUACAGAUUCAAAAUCUAAAGAAGAAGCUGUAUGCUGUAAUGAGCCAGCACCUGCGUCAUGCCUCCAGAUCCCUGAAUCUUGUGGACACCUUCAAAAUCCGAAAUGAGCAUAAGGUGAAGACAUUAGAGGCUCAGUUGGAAGAAAGUGCCUCCAAACUUAGAGCUCAGGAGGACAUUAGUCAGGCGCUGCAGAAGGAGGUGGAGUCCAGAGAACAGCUUCAAAGGAGGGAACCCAUCAGUCUGGACACAGGGUUCACAUAUGAGACUACCACUACAGAGACAGUCAAACCAAGGCAUAAGAUAGUCGAGGAAGACCCUGAGACGAUCCAAGAAGAACAUCCAGUGGUCAAGGAGGAAAAACAGACAGUCCAGGAAGAACAACAGACUGUCCAGGAGGAACCUCAGAUGGUCCAGGACGUACAUACCAUGAACCAGGAGGAACAACAGACUGUCCAGGGAGAACAACAGAUUGUCCAGGAGGAACCUCAGAUGGUCCAUGACGUACAUUCCAUGAUCCAGGAGGAACAACAGACUGUCCAGGAAGACCCUGAAACUGUCCAAGAAAAUCCUGUGACCAUCCAGGGAGAACACCAGACAGUUCAAGAAAACCCUGAGACCAUUCAGGAAAAACAUGAGAUGGUCCAGGAAUGUGAAAAUACACCUGAGGAGAAGAUCUCUCAUUGGAGGAGGAGGUUAGAAGAAAUGAAAGAGUCUGGGGGAAUCCUGAGGAAGGGAGAUCCUUUUAAUUCGGAGGUCAAAGUAUGUUGCUUUACUAGUAAGGAGAAGGAGUCCGUACCAGAAGUUGAGACUCUUAGUGAAAUGGUGGAGGAGGGCUCUGAUACUGACCUCCGACAUGAGCAUAAGUUGAGGACAUUAGAGGCUCAGUUGGAAGAAAGUGCCUCCAAACUUAGAGCUCAGGGGGACAUUGGUCAGGCGCUGCAGAAGCAGUUGAAGGAGCUCAGAGAACAGCUUCAAAGGAGGAAACCAAUCAGUCUGGACACAGGGUUCACAUAUGAGACUACCACUACAGAGACAGUCAAACCAAGGCAUGAGAUAGUUGAGGAAGACCCUGAGACUAUCCAAGAAGAACAUCCAGUGGACAAGGAGGAAAAACAGACAGUCCAGGAAGAAGAACGGACUGUCCAGGAGGAACCUCAGAUGGUCCAGGAAGAACAACAGACUGUCCAAGAAAAACCUCAGACGGUCCAUGACGUACAUUCCAUGAUCGAGGAGGAACAACAGGUUGUCCAGGAAGAACAGGCUGUCCAGGAAGACCCUGAGACGAUCCAAGAAGAACAUCCAGUGGACAAAGAGGAACACGAGGAGAAUAUCUCUCUCUGGAGGAGGUUCAAAAAAAUGAUCACUCCAAAACACAAACGUUUAUUUAAGUCCAAACGCAUGAAGAAAGAGAAGGAAGAGGCCAGAGUUUCAAUGUGAAGAAUCUUGUAGUUUCUGACUGCCAGGACUUCACUUGUUCACACGUCUGGGUUUUCCCCGGGUACUCCGGUUAGCCCACACAGUAAAGGUUUCAUUUUUUUUUGUAUCUUUACCAAUUGAAAAAAAUAAAAUUCUUUGAACAAAAUA